CCUAUCAACAUCGCAAUUUUUGUUGUCGUGUCAAAGCUGAUGCUCAACUUUGUGUUGAUUGUUUACACCGUCCUCGCUUCAAGCGGGGUGUAUUUCUAAUCAGGAACCGGCAAAUCAAGUACAUUCAGUGAUGUUUGUUCGUUGAUAAAUUGCUUGCCAGGCGAUGCGAGUGAUCAGAACUCGGUGAACCUUCCAGCGUGUAGCAUUACGCGAUUGCAUUGAGUGGAAGUGUUUCGCACACAGUUUGCUGCAGAAUGGAGGAACAACGAAAAAUGGAUUUCAUCCGCGGAGAACUGGCCGAAACCAUCGUGGGAGUGCUGAAUGCGAAUGCCGAUUUGGUUGAGGUCAAACUUUCGACCCCGGAACAUCUGGAUGGAUUCAUGUCCGUCAUACACAAUCUGGUGCUGGUGACAAAGGAUAAGAAAACAAGCGAGCAGAAAACAAUCAACUUGAUGGUGAAGAUAAUGAAAGGCGACGAAGCAUUUCGGGAGACUUCAUUUGCCAAAACUCAAUUUAGCAACGAAAUCUACAUCUACACCAAAGUGAUACCGGUGUUUACUGAGCUCUUAACGUCGAGAAAUUGCACUGUUCGAGGAAGUGAUUGGUGUCCGCACAUAUUGUACGGCAAGGCGGGUAAAAUUCCUAACUUUAGUAACAUUUACGAAACAAUCCUGGUAAUGGAAAACAUGACGCUGGAUGGAUUCAAAGCGGGACCGAGAAAUGAUUUGGAUGAGGCUCAUUUGAAGCUUAUGGCUAAGAACAUUGCACAAUUUCAUGCGUGUACAUAUGCCAUGAAAAUCGAGAAUAAAGCGGAGUUAGACAAAGUUGUGGAUGGGAUUAUUCCGAUGAACUUCAGCAAAGAUGGCAAACUAUUGGAUAGCUAUGCCACGCUAAUCAAACUUGGUAUGGAUAGAAUCUACGAAUACAUCGAUAAGCAUCCUAAUGUACUUGAUUCUGACCAAUUCAAAACCAAUAUGACUAAACUUCGCAGCAAAUAUGGAGAACAGCCCAUACAACUAAUGCAGAAAUUUUUGGAACGAAACGAGUUUUCCGUAAUUCUGCACGGUGACUAUAACAGAAACAAUGUGAUGUUUAAAUACGAAAAUGGCAAACCGGUGGAUCUUCGAAUGUUUGAUUUCCAGGAAAAUCGUUACGCCACACCAUCUAUAGAUUUGUCAUUCUUCAUGUGCAUGAGCAUGCCGACAGGAUUUCGUGAGCAGUUUUGGACUCCACUAUUGAAAUAUUACUACGAUAGCCUCAUGGACACGUUAGUCGACAUACUGAAAUGCGCAAGAACUGAUCCACGUUUGGAAACCUACAGUUACGACAACUUCAUGAAGCAUAUGGGUAAAUUUGGUUUAUAUGGAGGAUUUAUAGCAGCUCACUUUUUACCGUGGAUGCUGUGUUCGGAGGAAGAAUGUGCCCAACUGGCGCACCAUUUUGUCAAGGACUUAAAUUCUGCUGAUAUGAAGCACUGGACCAGAGUCAGCGGUGGAGAAGCAGUAGAUAAACGACUUAUUGAAAUCUUUAGACACCUUAGUCAACUGGGAUACUUUUCGAUUGUCGAUGAUGACUAAAUAUUUUUUAUCAUAAUUUGUGCGAAGGACAAACGAUCAAAUCGUUAAAAUACAUUUCAAUUGUAUUAUGUGUUGAAUCAUAGUCCAUAAAUAAAUAACAAACGAAUUUACUUAUAUGUUAUAAACACCUGAAAAAAAACGUGAACAUCUACCUAAAUAAACUUUUGACAUUUAUCAACAGAA